AGCAUUCUUCCACAGAACCAAACCCCACUUGUAAGAAAAAAUGAGGUCCCUAAUGGCCUAUGCUACUCUCAGUCUUGCAUUGGCUAUGCUCUUUAUCAGUUUCCCAUCUGAAAUUUCCGCAAAACAAUACUCUUAUUCCUCUCCACCACCACCAGUCUACUCACCAUUACCACCACCAGUCCACUCACCACCACCACAUUACUCAUCUCCUCCACCACCACCAGUUCACACUUACCCUCACCCAACCCCAUCCCCAGUCUACCACUCUCCACCCCCACCAGUUCACACCUACCCUCAUCCAAGUCCAACCCCAUCCAAAGUUUACCACUCUCCACCGCCACCGGUUCACACCUACCCUCAGCCACACCCAGUCCAUCACUCUCCACCACCAACACCACACAAGAAACCUUACAAGCACCCAUCUCCCCCGCCACCACCGGUGCACACCUACCCUAAUCCUCACCCUGUCUACCACGAUCCACCACCACCACACAAGAAGCCAUACAAAUACCCAUCACCACCCCCACCAGUGCACACCUACCCUCACCCUCAUCCAGUCUACCACUCUCCACCACCACCACCACAUAAGAAGCCAUACCCUCACCCUCAUCAAGUUUACCACUCUCCACCACCACCAGUUCACGCCUACCCUCCUCAUGCUCCCCAGCCAGCUUACCAUUCUCCUCCACCACUACACAAGAAGCCUUAUAAGCAUCACUCUCCUCCUCCUCCUCCAGUCCAUUCCGCACCUCCACCACACUAUUACUACAAAUCACCUCCUCCACCUCACCACUACUAGAUACCCUAUAAUUGGCAUCACACCAUAUGGAUCUAAACAGAAAGUGUGAAAGCAAAGAAAGCCAUGCACAACGAAGAUCGAGGGGAUUCUUCACAUAUAUUCUGUCAGUGUUUGAUUAAUAUUGUUGAGAGAGCUGCGUUUAUUUAUUAAAUUUGUGUUUUCUAUUGUAUUAGCCACAGCUGUAAGGCACUGCACCACCAUGCAUAUGCCUUCAGUUUGCAUGAAUUGUAAUUUUCAAAGUUCGGAUUUGUAUCAAGCUGACUGAGAAGCUAAAUAAAUAUAUAUCCCCCAUUAUAGCAAUCUGUCCCUUGACUCUAUGGCUCCUUUUAUAAAUUUUGUAUCUUGUUUGUUACUUUUUUUAUUAAAAUGUUGAAAUUUCAUUUGAGAGACAAGGAAAUUGACAUGUGAUUUCAUGGAUUGCUACGUAAAUCUAGAACACAAGGAAAAUUCAACUUUGCAAUAAUGGUAGUGAUGUGUGUUUGGACCAAGAUUGGAGAAGAAGGUGAGGGAAGACAUUACAACAACUCCAAAUUUGUUCUCAUUCUUAGUCUAUGGUAUGGAGAAAGCAAACAUUAAGACAGUCAUGAAAAAGAAACCCAUAUAGGAAAAUAGCCAAAUUAUGUUCUCAUUCGUGGUCAGCAAACAUGAAGACAGUCAUGAAAGAGAACCAAUGAUAUAGUAAACCAGUAACCUGGCAGAAUAAUAAGGUCGGGGAAUUCGUAUGAAAUGCUAUUAUUUGGUGUAUUUGAAAACUUAUCGAAGGAAGUGUCUUCUUUGUUUUCUGUAGUGUUAUUAUUCCUAGGUAUGAUUAGUCUCUAUGUUGGUGUUAGUGUGUGGUUUGAUUUGUUUUGUACCUAUAUUUAAUUGUGAAAGGCUUAUACUAUAGUAUGUUUGGAUCA